CCACCUUACCAUUACAUUCAAACAUUUUUCUCUUCUUCUUCUCUAGUCAGAUUCUUUUUGUUUGUGGGCAUUCGUAAUUGUUAUUGCACCCCAUAUAGUCAAUCAAACAGAAAUUUAUAAUCUUGAUCAUGGCGGGGAUUAACAACCAUUCGUUGCAGGAGCCAUGGCUUCUUGAAAAUGGAAACCCUAAAGUUUUAACGAGGGAAAUUCGGCAUCAUAGCCGAACUGCUCAUAACAUGUCGUCGUCUUCGCUUCGAAAGAAAUCUGAUCUUACUCUUGUUUAUAAGGUUCGGUGUGGCUUGCUCCGUAACUUUUUAGCUAAUCUUCAAGAAGUUAUUUUAGGGACCAAACUGUCUGUUCUUUUUCCUGCUAUUCCUCUCGCCAUUGUUGCUCAGUGUUAUGGAUUUGGAAGACCAUGGAUUUUUGCUUUGAGUUUACUUGGACUUACUCCUCUUGCUGAAAGAAUCAGCUUUCUCACAGAGCAACUUUCGUACUACACUGGUCCAACAGUUGGAGGACUACUAAAUGCAACAUGUGGCAAUGCGACUGAAUUAAUUAUAGCUAUCUUUGCACUAAGCCAGCACAAGAUUGAUGUGGUGAAAUAUUCUCUUCUGGGUUCUAUCUUAUCAAACUUGCUUUUGGUUCUUGGCACUUCUCUUUUCUGCGGUGGGAUUGCAAAUCUUGGAAAAGAACAAAAAUAUGACAGAAAACAAGCGGAUGUGAAUACAAUGCUUCUGCUGCUGGCAUUACUGUGCCACAUGCUGCCAUUGUUAUCAAGAAUUGCUGGUGAAACUGCUUCUGUUUCAGCAGUACCAAUACUAGAGAUGUCGAGAGCGAGCAGCGUUGUAAUGCUUAUUGGAUACAUUUCUUACAUUUUCUUCCAACUUGUAACUCACAGGCAAAUGUUCGAAGCCCCUGAGGAAUCCGAGGAUGGUGAUGAUUCGAUUGAAGAAACUCCUGUGAUCGGAUUCUGGAGUGGAAUCGUUUGGCUGGUUGGGAUGACUAUUGUUGUAGCUUUGUUAUCAGAAUAUGUUGUGGGAACAAUUGAGGAUGCUUCGGAAUCUUGGGGACUUUCGGUCAGUUUCAUAAGCAUAAUCUUGUUACCAAUUGUUGGAAAUGCAGCAGAACAUGCUGGAGCCAUCAUUUUUGCUUUCAAGAACAAGUUGGAUAUAUCUUUGGGUGUUGCUUUGGGCUCAGCAACUCAAAUUGCCAUGUUUGUGGUACCAUUGUGUGUGGUUGUUGCAUGGAUAAUGGGCAUUGAGAUGGAUCUAAACUUCAAUCUCCUUGAGACCGGUGCUCUGGCCUUAUCAAUUAUUGCCACAGCCUUCACUUUACAGGAUGGUACUUCUCAUUAUUUGAAAGGAUUGGCUCUUUUGCUUUGUUACAUUGUUAUCGGAGCAUGUUUUUUCGUCUCCAGAACGCCUCUCAACACAGGAAAUGCAGUCAACAUUGCAGUCAAUGCAGCACCAUCAAUCCUCUCAGCUUAAGGAGUAAGUCAUGACUUCUAGUUUUGGAGGUCAUAAACUUAUUCAUGGAUGAGGAUCAAAUUGAAUGCAAUUUGUUAUUCUUUCGUUUUCAAAUAGCUCGAUUAACGCUGGCUCUCCAUCAAUUCGCCUGUCCGAAAGCAAGCAAUUUGUGUUCCGUUAAUCUGCGCGCGGCGUGAAGCACACAGUCUUGGCUUCAAAGGAAGAUUUUGGUUUUGGUUUAAGUAAAGAAGUAUGGCACCAUUGUUUGCUGCUUUGUGAAGAUAGGCUUACAUUAUAUAUGUGAGACUGUAUAGCAUAUUGUUGUAGGCUGAGUGCGGGUUUGAUUUUCUUAUUGCUUCACAUAGUCAUAUUGUUCGAGGGUUUCUCUUUACUAUUGUACCCCAUUUAUCAAUAAAAUGAAUUAUUAGUUUGUUUGGGUUUGCAA